AUGUCUCAGUGUGCAUUCUUUUGCGUCCGCACCCCGGGCUGCACCGGUUAUAACAUAGAGAACACCGCGGCAACCCAAAAACACUGUGAGUUGAGCGCCUACGCAGAAACUGACGUCGGCGCUGCAGUUGUCACCGAGAACAACUACGACUUCUAUACGAAAGUAAACAGCGGAGAAUGCCCUGCAGAUUUCAUAGAAUUCCGUGGAAAUUGUUACUACAUUGAGACACUCAACACGAAGACUUGGCUAGAGGCACGUGACCACUGCAUCAGCAUGGGAGCCGACCACGUCAGUCUGGAAUCACAGGGAGAAAUCAAUUUCUUGACGCGUCAACAUCCCCGAAACUGGUGGACCGGUGGCAACCACAUCGCAGCGGACACGCCGUGGGUGUGGGCUGCUACGGGAAGACAGGUAGACAUGUGUGCACCUAUCCCGUGGCUUCCUGGAGAACCUACUAAUAAUGAUUUAGAAAUCUACAUGUAUGCAACGACCAGUUAUCAGAGAAAUGAUGCUGGGAAAUAUGUAUCAUCAUAUUACAUCUGUGAGAAGUCGACAUGA